UUAAUGACGUGGGUGUAAAUCCGUUCUAGCGGAUGUUGACUCGGAGCUGCAAACGUCAAACAGCUUCAGCAACGACCGCGGGUGACAGGCAGAGUCUCUCUCUAAAGCAGGUCCAAGCGCAUUUGCCAGAUUCCUCAGGUGGGAUCUUUCUUUUGGUAGCAGAAUAAAGAGUUGUGAGGGGAGCACCGUGUCCAACCCCUUUCCCUAUACAUACAUCCGGCCAGAAUGUCCAGUGAUCCUCCUCCUCCGUACCCCGGGGGUCCCAGCGCCCCCCUCCUUGAGGAGAAGAAUGGACAACCUGUUCCUUUGAGGAAUGCUCCUAUACAGGGACAGCCCUUACCUCCAGACUAUGGCCCUCCACCCUAUGAGGCCACAAACCCCGGCUUCCUGCCCCCCCAUGUUCCUGGAGACGGACCCAUGCCCAUGCCCAUGCCCAUGCCCAUGCCCAUGCCAAUGCCUCUACCCCAAGGUGGCGCCUACCCGCCCGGUCACUUUCCGAUGCCGGGACCCAUGGGCCCUGGUCCCAGUCACUUUGUCCACAUGGGGGGGCACACAGCCACCGUCCUGGCUCCUCCUGGAGCUGCCACCACUGUGACCGUCCUGCAGGGGGAGAUGUUCCAGACCUCCCCGGUGCAGACUGUGUGUCCGCACUGUCAGCAGGCCAUCGUCACCCGCAUCUCCCACGAUGUGGGCCUCAUGAACACACUCUUCUGCCUCUUCUGCUUCUUUGUAGGGUGUGAUCUGGGCUGCUGCUUGAUUCCCUGUCUGAUUGAUGACCUGAAGGAUGUGACACACACCUGCCCGUACUGUAAGGGCUACAUUUACACAUUCAAGCGUAUAUGCUAACCACCGACAGCAGUAUGCAACAGAGACGUGAUGUGAAAUCUCUCUGUAAAACAAAUUAAAAUGUAGGACAAUAAUUACUACUAAGUUCAUUGAAAUAAAGUUCAAGUGGCAUGUUGCUUCAGCACCAAUAACAAGACACAACUAAAAAGAAAGUUUGGGAGGUGGGGCAGGAGUCUCUCUCUCUCUAGCGCACGCGCACACGCACGCACGCACACACACACACACACACACACACAGCUCCUCCUCUGCUGGUAGUGACAGGCUUUCCCCUCCAUUUUUGCAAAGUGUUGUGAAGCCCUCUUAAAUUGUAAGUGCAGUUUUCUCAUUAGUUCACAGAGUAUUUACUGUAUAUAUAUUUCAGCAUAACUCUUUCAUGUAAAAAACAUGCAUUUAAAAUGUACAAAUCUCACAGAAGAUGUAGGACACUUAGAUAUCCGCAGAGGUGGAUAAGCAGCAGGCCCAUUGGUGCAUCUGGUCCUGUAUAGACACCUGAAGAAAAGGCUAGUGAAGUUACGCAUGUUAAUGGAAGAAGAUACUGGAUAGAAACGGUCAGUUAGUGAAAGCUGUGAAAACGGUCACUUUAUUUAUUAAAUUCAUCUGUGAAUCUUGCUGAGAAGCAAACGUAUUGAAGUCGAACAUGCUGGGUUAGCUUUGUUUUUUUCCUGUAUUUAUUUCCGAUAUUUUAUCCACUAGCUUAACAUGUUAAUAUUGAUAACUGUGAACAUGUUUGUCUAUGUCCGAUCUUUGCUCUAACAAACCUAGUUUUUUUCCUUUUAAUCAUUAUCCCGUACUGAAUGUGAGCAAACUAACGAACCAUUUUAAACGGAUGUAUUUGCUUGUUUAGGAAUGCCCAAGAUUCAUGUUACGUUCUAUAUUUAAUAAUCUUCUGGGCUUUCAGUCAGUAGUCACACAUAUUUAGUGACUUACAGUCCUGCCCUCUGUCCAUUAUGUACUUAUUUUGAUAGUAAAUCAAACAUUUGCACUUUAAGUUGCCCUCUGAUGCAUUCAUCCACCUCAUUAGUGUUUGAGAGAUUUGAAGAUUCACAGUGUCAUCUCAUGAGUAAAAGCAGUGUAAUAUUUAGGUAGACUUUAAGUAGAGCCAACAAAAGAGGUGUACUGUUACUUAACGAGACACACUGCAUGGCAUCUUGGCAAUCUUACGUCCUCUCUAUAAGACCAUGUUGGCAAACAAAUGACCGUGGUGGCACCAUCAUCAUCACAUGACAUGUUUAGCCUGUAACCCUCCUAGUAACGGCAUCAGCCCUUUAAGAUUACCUGCAUUGUUCAGAUGCACGUUAGAAAACAAAUACCGAGGUAUUUUGACUAAUACUAAAUAGUGAACAUCUCUGUUAGGAAUAAGCUUCUAAUAAAUGAUUGUAUCAGAUAUCCUGCAAAAUAACAAUGUGAUUCCAUAGAGAUUACUAACAAUGGAACAUCCAUCGUGUGCCCACCACAGCAUGCUCAAUCUGCCCACCACCUUCUCUCACAAUGUGCAGUUUGUCUGCAUGAGCCACACCUCAAAACAAAGAAUUGUUACUGGCUAGUUCCUGGACUCUAUGUGCAUUGAAUUCUUUUUUUUCUUCUUGAGGCUAGCUAAACUGUGCGAGAAAGUGAAUUUUGAUUUGAAGGAUUGCAUUGAACUUUUAAUACGAAGUACUGUAUGCCAUUCUUGUGCAUAAUGCUGGUCUGCAUUGCUCUCUAAAUGUCUGUGAUAUGUAUAACUAUGUCAACAUUUGUUUGACUGUUGUAUACAGGUACUAUUUUAUCAAUAAAAAUCAGAACAUGAUUGAUGAAACUCA